CAGGUGCGUGGAAUCUGGAUCCCUAAAACUUGUUCUCCCAGAGAACAGAGGCCGUGUCUAGAACUGGCCAAAUUUAUAGCCUCUCAUCUGAUGAAAAGAGAAAGGAAGAAUGGACUACAGUCACCAAACUUCCCUAGUCCCAUGUGGACAAGAUAAAUACAUUUCCAAGAACGAACUUCUCCUGCAUCUGAAGACCUACAACUUGUACUAUGAAGGCCAGAAUUUGCAGCUCCGACAUCGUGAGGAAGAAGAUGAGUUCAUUGUGGAGGGGCUGCUGAACAUCUCCUGGGGGCUGCGCCGGCCCAUUCGUCUACAAAUGCAGGAUGACAAUGAACGCAUUCGCCCUCCUCCAUCCUCUUCCUCUUGGCACUCUGGCUGUAACUUAGGAGCUCAGGGCACCAUCCUCAAGCCCCUCACCAUGCCCAACAUUCCAAUCUCAGAGGUGGAUGCCCUUCCUGAGAGUGAUCAGACAUCAAGUCCCACAGACUCCAGGGGCCUGAAGUCCCUGCAGGAAGACACCCCACAACUGAUGCGCACACGCAGUGAUGUUGGGGUACGUCGUCGUGGCAAUGUGAGGACACCCAGCGACCAGCGGCGAAUCAGACGCCACCGCUUCUCCAUCAACGGCCAUUUCUACAACCAUAAGACGUCAGUGUUCACGCCGGCCUAUGGCUCCAUCACCAAUGUCCGCAUCAACAGCACUAUGACCACUCCACAGGUCCUGAAGUUGCUGCUCAACAAAUUUAAGAUUGAGAACUCAGCGGAGGAGUUUGCUUUGUAUGUGGUCCAUACCAGUGGUGAGAAACAGAAGCUGAAGAACACUGAUUACCCCCUGAUUGCCCGGAUCCUCCAGGGCCCAUGUGAGCAGGUCUCCAAAGUGUUCCUUAUGGAGAAGGACCAAGUGGAGGAAGUCACCUAUGAUGUGGCUCAGUAUAUAAAGUUUGAGAUGCCUGUCCUUAAAAGCUUCAUUCAGAAGCUCCAAGAGGAAGAAGAUCGGGAAGUAAAGAAGCUGAUGCGCAAGUACACCGUGCUCCGGCUAAUGAUUCGGCAGAGGCUGGAGGAGAUAGCUGAGACCCCAGCAACAAUCUGAGUCACAGGGAGGGGAUCCAGACGCCAUGGAGGGCAUUGUUGACCUGAGAAGACUCACAGGAAGCUGGGCGCCUUCCAUGGAAACGUUUAAAUGCAAACCUUUCCAGCUCCCAAACCACCAUGGAGAAGCCAGCAGACAACUCCCUGACCUUUCUUUCCCUGCUCCUUUCCUUCACUCAUGAGGACUUUCAGUUUUUAUUAUAAGAAGAACCCAAAAUGUGUGUGUGCAUGUGUGUGUGCACAUGGUACACAUCCACAUGCCUACAUGAUAUAUUCACAUGCAAUUCAAUUCCAAGCAGCCAGCACAAGUGCUAUGAGGCUGGCAGAUGUUCUGCUUGUGGGCAGGAAAAUCAGAGGAGUCACCGAUCUGAGGGGUUUUAGGUUGAAGAAAAGAUUUCUCCCCUCAAGUGCCAGGGAACAGCCAUACAUGUCUGCUUGUGUUUAGAAGGGGAGGGGGGCCCAGCAAACUCACCAUUUGGGGUAUUUUUAUGUUAAUAGCUAUUCUCCCUGUAUCCCUAGGAAGGAUCUGCAAGUGUGAGAUCCUUGGCAGUUAACAAAUUAGUUAACAAACCAUGCCCUUGGGGCAGUUCUGAUGGAAAGAAAAAGAUAAACCAUUAGUGGGGUAGAUGCAAUAAGCCCACAGGUUUUUACACUGGAAACGUCAAUUGUUUUAAAUAACAAGGACAUAUGUGAUGAUCUGUGUGGAUGCCAGUAAAGAAUGGAUUCUGCCUCCACCCUCACCUCCCUGGCUACCUCUAGGAGAUAGCGGAGCCUGAUGUUUGUCUCAGCAUGCCAAGCUGAUGACCCCAACUCUUUGGGGCCUCCCUGAGUUGAAAGAAGUAUCUUAUGAAACAGGCCUCACUGGUUUGUACAUGGCGCCUGGUCUUGUAUGGCUGGGAAGUUUCCCUCCUUAGAGAAAUGUGGAGGUUCCUUGCAGAAUGACAGGUGCCUGUAAGCCCAGCCCAUUUUCAUAUCCAGUGGUCUUCUUGCACUUGGAGCUGAGGCCCUGCGUUUGCAAGGUCAAGGCUUAAUACUUUCCAACCACUGGAUUCUUGCAAGUUGCCCUCACGUUGUGUGUGGAGAUGGACUCUAAGAAUGAAGACUUGUCCUGCUACUGACCAAGUGUGGGGUUAAGGGAUACCUUUUGGGCUGCCCCAUGAAAGUGUGUAGAUAGGAUGGAGCUUCUCUCUCAGCUUCUCUGAGCAGCCACUUGGGUGAUCUUGAGAGACUCCGAUGGAGGGGGAAGGGCAGGAAGAGUCUGUCCUUCUGGGCCCCCAUUGGUAAGAUCGCCAGGUAGCUCAGCUCCAGUACAACUGAUACUGUUUGAAGAGUGACAGAUAGAUGCUUGGAGCAGGUGCCUGACUGUGGAGGUCAACCAAGCAAGGCCAGAAGCUCCUAACACUGAGCCUUGUUGUGGUAGGGAAGCGCCCCAUCUCUUCUCCACCUCCUCUCCAAAGAAGGUUUGGAGAGCUGGGCAGUUGAGGAAAGAAGAGCCACUGAUCUGUGCCUGCAAGGACAGUGGACCUUUGCAGCGGAGCUGUUCCUGCCCAGGCACCCUUGCCCCCUACCUGCCCCUGUGGCUUCCAUGGCCUCUUUAGAUGGCUCACAGCUGUAGUCUCGCUGUUGACUUUCAAGAAGAUGGCAUGCUGCUACCUGGCAUUUGGCUGAGGGUCUCUUAGCAAGCUUACCUCCUCUGGGGGGAGCACCACCAGCCCUGUGGGGGAUGGACUGGAAAUCUGGAGGGCCUUAGCCUCAAUCAUACACCUCAGUGGGCUUCUGCAAAAUGCACAGAAAAAAAUGGGGGCCCGGGGAGAGGCUUCCUUUGUUACAGAUGGGAAAGAGCAGUUUUGUGAAUGCAAACAUACUUCCUGAGUUUUGCAUUUGAGAAAUGACUUGGAAAACUUUUCUUCCGGUUAUUUUUAUUUUGAACGUUCAAAGCCUUUGUUGGCCCCAGUAAUCCUCCUUGAGUGGCUAGGGAAAAAAUUUUCCACAAAGCAAAUUACUAAUGGCUAACUUUUAUUGGACAGCCGUUUUUGCUUUAUCAAAGUUCUCUUUAAUUUGCACUAGCAAUAUGGUAGUGGUAAAUAUGGGAAUGUUGCAAAAUGUCAGAUUUGCCAGAUCACUUUCUCAGAAAGUGAUACUGAGGUAGACUUGGCUUUUUAGAGAUGGGGGGUUGGGGUGGAAUUGAGGGGAAAUCGCAUCUUACAUGAUACAUUCCACUUAAUGCAGGCCGCACUUUUCCGUUUUGGCUCAGCCUGUUUAGAAAUCAUUUCUCACGUACUAAUGACCCAGUCAGGAAUUUUGGAAAGGUUCUUUGAAAUAGCAGCAACUGAAAGAGACCCUCUGCUGUGAUGUGGAGCUGGAUUUUCUCACUGGUAUCACAUGGCCUUGCAGCUUUGAACUCCUGGACUGAUUUGUGUGGGUUUAUGUAAUUGUGUGCAAUGAACCUGAAAUCGUGUGAAGAACAAAAAGGCCAAUUUACAGGUUUUUUCCUCACUUGUGAAAAGCGGCGUAGCCACAUCUGAGUCUUUUUCCAGGGGCUUAUGUUACAAGGUGAUCAAAUGAAGGAAAAACCUGAGUUUAUCGUUGGGAAGGGGAUCCAGUCCCCCUGGUGAUGAUGGAAUUAAGCACAAGGUCACAUUCUUAAUCAUCACAUUAGUGGGAAGGC